CUAGUGUGAAUCAACCAACACCCAGUCGCAUCCAAGAUGGCGUCCGAAAACAAUUCAGCGCACCCGGCCAAGAGGCGAAAGACUCGCCCGGACCCAAAUGCACUUACCAUUGGAGGCAAGGCCAUUUCCCUUGAGGGAUAUCUCACAGCACCUGCUCCAAAACCAGCAAAGAAGGCUGAAGCUUCAGAGCCAGCCACACCAGCUCCAACUCCUCAGGCAGCUGAGCCAACGAUCGCCACGGCGAAAAAGGACGUGGCUAAUUCUGGCUCAAAGAAGCCGUUUCGGCCCCGCGACUCUGACAAGACCCGAAGUCGGGAGGACCGUGGCCUGCUCAAAACGCGAAAGGAGCUUCCCAUCUGGCGGUAUCGCGACCACAUCCAAAAUGCCAUGCGCAAGUCCGACAGCGAUGUACUUGUCUUGGUGGGUGAAACCGGCUCGGGUAAAAGUACCCAGGUUCCUCAGUUUCUUUACCAGGAAUCCUGGUGCAGACGACAAAAGGUCAAAGUUCCCGGAUCCGACGAAGAGGUCUCCGUGGGCGGUAUGAUCGCCAUCACGCAGCCAAGACGAGUGGCUGCUACGACAUUGGCCCAUCGAGUGUCUCAAGAAGCCGGUACUCCUCUGGGAAAGGGACGGCCCGACGGCCUUGUCGGUUACUCCGUCCGGUUCGAUCAUCUGGUUCCGAAAGGGACCAAGAUCAAAUUCUUGACGGAAGGGAUGCUGCUGCAGGAGCUACUACGGGAUCCCAAUCUCCGGAGUUAUAGCGCCAUCAUCGUUGAUGAAAUCCACGAGCGGAGUCUGGAUGUUGAUCUUCUUGUCGGUUUUUUGAAACAAAUCCUAGGGGGAGAUCGUGCUGGUCGCGGCGGCAUUCCACUUAAGGUAGUCAUCAUGAGUGCAACGGCCGAUGUGGAUGGAAUUCAGAACUUCUUCAAGGAUGUUCAGCCAGAAAUCAAGGACGCAAACCCCACACAACUCCUUCGAAUCAAGGGACGACAGUACCCUGUGGAGCUCACUCAUGAACCGAAACCGGUGGCCGAUCUACAGGAUGCUCUUCUCAAGACCAUCUUCAAGAUUCAUCUCCAGGAGCAACUGCCUGGAGAUAUCCUCGCUUUUCUGACUGGGCAAGAGGAAAUUGAGUCAGCUCAGAAACUGAUUGAGGAGUAUGCGGAGACUCUGGCGUCCAACGUUCCUAAAAUCAAGGUCUUUCCUUUGUACGGCCAACUAUCGAUGGAGGCCCAACGUCAGGCUUUCUUGCCCGUCAAGGCCUCGUUCACGCGAAAGAUCGUACUAGCGACAAACAUUGCCGAGACUUCAGUCACAGUCCCAGGAGUGAGAUAUGUUGUGGACUCUGGCAAGGCUAAGUUGAAGCAGUAUCGCGCACGACUCGGCAUGGAGUCGCUCCUCGCCAAACCGAUCUCGAAGUCAUCAGCUGUGCAACGAACUGGCCGAGCCGGCCGUGAAGGGCCAGGCAAAUGUUUCCGACUCUACACAGAAGAUGCGUUUAAGAGUCUCCAAGACGCGGAUCUUCCUGAGAUUCUUCGCAAUGAUGUCCUUGGGGCGGUCUUGACCAUGAAGGCGCGUGGGAUCCAGGAUGUUCUUGCGUUUCCUCUGAUGGACCCACCAGAGCCUGAAUCAAUUGAGAAGGCUUUGGUUCACUUGCACUUCCUGGGUGCGUUGAAUGACGAUGGGUCGAUCACAGCUGUUGGGGAGAAGAUGGCUCGACUCCCCAUCUCGGCUCCUCUGGGAGCGGUCCUUCUGGCUGCCGCAAAACCUGAGUUCGACUGUGUGACUGAGGCCAUCGAUAUUAUCUCAUGCAUCACGUCUGGAGACGACAUCUUCCUUCAGGUGCAGUCAGAAGAGGCGCAGGAAGAGAUAGAAGCGGCCAGGAAAGAGCUCCAUCGUCGUGAGGGAGAUAUCAUGACAUACCUGACCACCAUGCAACUGUAUACAGCCGAAAACGCCAACAGGGUGGAUUGGUGCAAGCAUCGAAAGAUCAACAUGCGCAACAUGAGACAGGCCUUGAAUAUCCGCAGGCAACUCCGAGGCAUGUGCCUCAAGGAGAAGUUGCUCUCCGAGGCUCCUCCACCUGAUCCCCAGCCAUUCGUCCCUCUUGCCCCAGAGAGAGCCGAGCAACUUCUCAAGUGCUUCCUCCGCGGUUUCGCGUUGAAGACGGCUAUGUUGGCACCAGAUAGUAGCUUCGUCACUGUUCACGGCAAGCAUGUCGUCGCUAUCCAUCCCGCGAGUGUGCUGCACGGGCAAAAAAAGGAGGCCAUCAUGUUCUUGGAGCACGUUUAUACCAAUAAGAACUACGCCAAGAAGGUCAGCGCGAUCCAAGCGACUUGGAUUGCGGAGGCUUUGGAGGGCAGGUGAUUCAAAGAUGGUGAGCG